UGGCUACUUUUUGUUCAUUUUGCAGUUAUCCUUUACACAUCUAGUGGGUAUUGGGCCAGCUAUGCAACAGUAACAGUAAUUACCUAUUGAAUUAUUUCAAAAAUAUAUCUCUAAGAUUUUCGAAGCUUAAAAAUUACAACUUGCAUAAGUCUGCCUAUAAAAACCUACUAGAUUCGCGUUUACCUGAAAAAAAGACUAGAAACAAAUCUAAUCUUAUUAUGGGUAAUGAAUCCUUUUCUACACGCAAUCAUUACACAAAUACCAAAAUGCUCUUACCAUUUAAAGUUGGCGCGGUACGAAAUAAGCGGGGAGCGUCGAUACGGAAACAGAUUUAGGAGCGACGCGUAGUGGCGGCGCACUGUACUAACGACGAGUUCUACGGCGUCCUCCGAUUUUAUUCACGGAAAGUGUAUCGCCAUAUUGCUUCCGUGAAUUAUGUGAAAUAUUUGUGCAUUUCUCCUCAAUUAUGACUGUAAUAUCGAUAUCAAGUGAACUAAUACAAUCCACAUUAUAAUAGUAACUGGAAGAGUAUACAUAUAAGUGUCUCGGUUGUGCAUAUAACGCGAAAAAGCGUAGCGACGAAGGAAAUAUGUCCUAUGAAAAGAUGGAAGUGGUGAACCCCGCCGAGAAGGAAGCGAGUGAGGUAUUACACUCCCUCCUGUCGGUGGAGCGACGCAGUGUGGACAGCAAGGAGACUAUAAUUGUGGCUAUACCGGCGGACCAGAAUGGCGGUGACUAUGGCGAGAGUGCCCAGUGGCACACUCCUGUGAUGGGCCAGCAUUCGGUUUUUGAACUGGGUGCUGCCCAGAAUAUGCAGCAGCACAACUAUAAUGGACAUCAAGAACAGGUUCUUUGGCAAGGGCAUACAAUCCAAGUUGAGAAUGGGGAUGGGAACUUGCAGGCCAUGCAAGGCACAUACAGUAUUGAGUUUGAAACCAACGUUGACACUGGGGACUUGGAUGUUGAAACUAAGCCCAAUGUGGAAAAGAAAGCAGGUGCUAAGAGAAAGAAAAAGGCGGCAGAGUCUGAUAGCGAUGAGGAAGUUCUAGAUAACAAACUUGAAGAUAAUCCAGCUCAGGUUAAAGAGAGGUUACGCAGGGGCUGUGAUUGCAAAGACAAUUGUUAUCGAGGACUCAAUCCUGAAGCUGUAUACCGCCACAGGCUCAACAUUGCAGAACUGACUAAAAGUGAACAUGACAUGUACUUGAUGGGUAUCACCAUGGCGAGUUUGGCGAACCCGGCGGAAACUUCACGGCACAAAGUCAGGAGGAGAUUGAGAGCUUGCUAUGUCUAUCAAGGGAGAAAGGUUUGUUUAGAAGCUUUUCUAUACUUAGAGAAUGUGACACAUUAUCAGCUAAAGAGAAUCAGGCAGCAUGUAAUGACACACGGGGUCGCGCCGCGGAUACACGGCAAUGUUGGUAAGAAACCAUACAACACUUUCACACUGGACAUCUACAAACAUGCUACGAAUUUCCUGAAGGAGUAUCUCAAGCAGCACGCUAGCUCGCCGAAAGAUGUUCAACCUUCAGGAGAGGGUAAAAAGGCCAGUAAGACUGUUAUCAUCCAAGGGGACUCUAGAAAGCACUUAUUCGAAGCGUAUAAAGAAUAUGGGGAAAUAUUGGAGCCUGGAGUAAAACUAAUGGGAUACUCCACAUUCCGGGCUUUCAUGAAAGACCAGUUUCCUCAUGUCAAAUUUGCGACCAAAAAACAAGAAUUACCAAAAGACAUGGUGCCAUUCCGUAGCGGUAAAUGCAUGACAUACGACAAAAAUAAAGAUCCUAUUAGGAUACAACAGGAGAAAGAAAAGGCAGACGCAAAAAAGGCAGCAAUGGAGCAGAAGAAGAAAGAAGAGCACGAAAGAGAACAGCAAGCGCAGCAGCAGGCUCAGCAGCAGCAACAAGUGCAACAACAGCAACAACAACAACAACAGCAGCAGCAGCAACAACAACAACAACAACAGCAGCAACAACAGCAACAACAGCAGCAAGUACAACAAGUUCAAGUACAACAGCAUCAACAAAUGCAGAACCAGCCUCAUGUGGUUAUACAUCAGCAGCAACCGCAGCAGCAACAGCAAAUGCAGCAGCAGAUGCUGGUGCCGCAAGUCAGUCAGCACCAGCAAGUUCUCACCCAACAAGUUGGUGGUGUACAACAGGUAUCACAGCAGCACUUGCAACCACUUGGCGUUUCCGAGGAUAACGGCCAGCCAGUAGAAAUGGCCCAACAAGUUAUACCCUUGGCUGUGGUACAACAACCUCAACAAGCAUACCUCGUAACACCUGUCUCGCACUUCCAAACAAGGGUCCAAGGAGCUUGGUACAGGCAUUGACAACGUACAUUGUCUCCAAAUUUUUUAAAUAUGCAGAACAGAAGGUGGGCAUAACUUUGAUGUACCACCUGUUGAUGAAAGUUUUCUAUUAAAAAUCGUUUAAUUAC